AUGGCGGUCUUCCGAACUAGACUACUUGUGUUGCUAAUCCUCUUCUGUCUCACCACAUAUGAGCUUCAGCUUCACGCUGCUGAAGGCGCAGAGGUUGGUGACGGCACAGUAAAAAUCGACUGCAGCGGUAGAUGCAAAGGGAGAUGCAGCAAAUCGUCGAGGACGAAUCUGUGCUUGAGAGCGUGCAACAGUUGUUGUUCACGUUGCAACUGUGUGCCACCUGGUACCGCCGGAAACCACCACCUCUGUCCUUGUUACGCCUCUAUUACCACUCGUGGUGGCCGUCUCAAGUGCCCUUAG